ACAAAAUUUAAUGCUCAACUUCCUCUCCUCUUCCGGUGCUUCCGAGGUUGCUCCAAUCAUCAUUACGAAAGGAGAACCAGAGUUGAUGUAGAGGGAGAAAGAACCCGAGAGCCACUCUUCUCCUCCAUGGCUCCAUCUCAUACGAGCUAGGAAAAUGAUCUUAUUCUCAAGGAUCAUGUUGACAAAAGGUAUAUGGAUUGCUGUCGGGUCGAUUGUCGUCAUUGUGAUCCUAACAUUAAUUGUAUCAUGGCGCUUAUUCAAGAAAAAACAUCCACCAAAUCCAUCUAUUUCAGAUGAAGAAACUGCAACCUCCAAGGUACUCGUAUUCAAGGAAACAGGAUGUCAAAAAAUGUCAAUUAGGGAAAUCUAUGCUGCUACAAAUGAUCUAAAUGCAUUAAACUUCAUCGGCGAGGGGGUAGCUGGGAAGGUCUACAAAGGUCUGCUCUCAAAUGGCUGCCAUGUGGCAAUCAAACACAUCAAGGAUGGAUAUGGAGAGACUUUCAUGAGGGAAGUCGCCAGCAUGUCUCAUAUUCGUCAUCCAAAUCUUGUUGCUCUGUUGGGUUUCUGCAAAGAAGAGGAUGAAUGCUUUCUCGUCUAUGAAUUGAGCACAAAUGGAAAUCUAUCCGAGUGGCUCUUCGGAAAAGAUAAAACUUUGUCAUGGACACAGAGACUUGAGAUUGCGAUCGGUAGCGCUUGUGGCCUUUGGUUUCUUCAUACCUAUCCAGAAGGCUGCAUUGUUCAUCGGGAUGUUAAGCCAACAAAUAUUCUUCUUGGUGCUGAUUUGGAAGCCAAACUCUCUGAUUUCGGUUUGUCGAAAGUGGUAGACCUUGGUGCUUCUUUUGUGAGCUCAGAGGUGAGAGGAACCUUUGGUUACGUUGAUCCUGAAUACCGUCAGAAUCACCGGGUAAAUGCAGCUGGAGAUGUGUAUAGUUUUGGAAUCGUCCUCUUGCAACUUCUCUCGGGGAAACGAGCGAUCAACAUGAACUUGAAAAAGCCAAUGCCAUUGAGCAAAAUGUGUCGAAUGCUUACAGAAGGGGGUGCCCUUUCGAACUGCGCUGACCCGAAACUUGAAGGAGAGUAUUCACCCGAAGCGUUUGAGCUCGCUCUCAAGCUCGCUCUAUCUUGCCUUGCACACAAACAGCAACGACCGAAGAUGGCGGAGGUUGUAGCGAGUUUAGAAAAAGCAUUGGAAAUCUCGAACAGAACAAUGGAGAUGUCUGCUGUAACUAAUGCAUAUAGUCUUACUGUUAAUUAACAGAGAGCACCAUCCUUGUAUUGUUACGUUGCUUUAUCAAG